AUGCGUUGCCGUCUGCCAUUCGCGCCCAUAAUCGCGCGCGUUCCCCCUUCAUCGUGCGCGCGUGCAGCGGACGACCGCGUGUGCGCGUGGGGGCGCGGGGAGGACGGGCAGCUAGGGUUGGGCAGCGCGGAGGAGCAGCUGGAGCCCACGGAGGUCGCGGCGCUGGCGGGGAAGCGCGUGUCGGCGCUGGCGUGCGGCGCGGAUCACACGACGGCGUACUCGGAGGACUCGCAGACGCUCUGGUCCUGGGGGUGGGGCGACUUCGGGCGGCUGGGGCAAUGGGCAUGCGAGCGACGUGUUUCUGCCGCAUGCCGUGGCGUCGCUGUGUGGGCGACCCAUCUCUCCAUUCCUCUUCCCACCCAUCUCCCAUCCUUCCUCCCUACCCCCCAUGCUCCCUCCCCCUCGUCUCCCCAUUCCCCCCUUCCGGUCUUCUCCCCCCGCCACCCCCCCAGGGGGCGACUUUGGGCGGCUGGGGCACGGGCAUUCGAGCGACGUGUUUCUGCCGCACGCCGUGGCGUCGCUGUGCGGGCGAUCCAUCAAGCACAUUGCGUGCAACAGGUGAUGGGGCGGUCAGGUGGUGGGCAGACGGUCAAUUGGUGGGGUGGUGAGGUGGUGGUGGCGCGUGCAUGGGACGUGGCAUGCCUUGCAGGCCACCUCUUGCACUGCCACGCCACAACGCCUUCAGUUCAGAUGGCCCUGCCCAGCAUGGCCCUGCUGUCUCGGGCGUGUCUAUCACAAACAGGCACAGUCAUGCUCGCAGUAGCGCCAUCCCUUCAUCGCUGCAUUCUGCUUCCUCUUCCUCCCACCCCUCCGUGCGGUCCACCCCUCCGUGCCGUGCCGUCCACCCCUCCGUGCCGUCCAUCCUCCGUGCCGUCCACCCCUCCGUGCCGUCCACCCCUCCGUGCCGUCCACCCCUCCGUGCCGUCCACCCCUCCGUGCCGUCCACCCCUCCGUGCCGUCCACCCGUGCACCCACCCUUGGCAUGGCACCAGUUGGGGGCGCAAUCAGAACGGGCAGUUGGGGCUGGGCACGCUGGACGACGCGCUCGUGCCCACGCAGAAUCACCGCGCUCGCUCCACCCCACUCCUCGCUGUCACCUCGUUGGGGCUGGGCAUGCUGGGCGACGCCCUCGUGCCCACACAGACAGAUCACCACGCUCUCUGGGGUGCCGCUGAGGAUGGUGGCAGCGGGCGCAGAGCACACAGCAUCGGCAGCGGAGGAUGGACGGCUGUACGGGGGGUGCCGCUGAGGAUGGUGGCAGCGGGCGCAGAGCACACAGCAGCGGCAGCGGAGGAUGGACGGCUGUACGGGUGGGGGUGGGGGCGCUACGGCAACCUGGGGCUGGGGGACCGCCUUGACAGGAAGCUGCCCGAGCAGGUCACCGCCAUUGAGUCAGAGCGCAUAGCACAGGUGGCGUGUGGGUGGCGGCACACGAUAGCAGUGAACGGGGAGGGGCGGCUGUUGACGUUUGGGUGGAGCAAGUACGGGCAGCUGGGGCAUGGCGACUUCCAGGACCACCUCACGCCCUCGCCCGUUCCAGCCAUGCAGGACAAGCGGAUUGUGCAGGUGAGGGCACAGCCGUGCAUCGUGCAGCCACCUGCUGACCGUCUCACUGCCCUCCGCUCCCCCGUCCCCCCUCCUCCCUACCUUGACUGCGAGCAGGUGUCAGGAGGGUGGCGGCACUCCGUUGCUCUGGAUGCAGAUGGCGUGGUGUACGCGUGGGGGUGGAACAGAGUGAGUGGGUGGAGUGGAACACAGAUGGGGGUGAAAACCCUCUUCACCCUCUCUUGUCCUCUCUGCACUCCCGUCUCCCUGCCACACUGCCUGCUCGUCCCCUGCCCACCUCUUGCAUCUCCCACCCAUCAGUUUCGGGCAGGGGGAAAAGGUGCGGAGGGGGAUGGGGGGGAUGGUAAGGGGACGAGCAUGGAAGAUGAGUGGGCUGGCCACAGCAAGCGUGGCCCUGUGGUUGCUGCACUGGUCCCCAUCUCGCCACAUCCCACAUCCUUCUCCCCACCUUUGCUCUUCCACCUCACUGCCUCACCCUGUGCCCCGUCUCACCCUCCUCCCCACCUCCCUUUCUCCCUAUGUUUCCAAAACCCUGUGGCGGCAGCGGGUUGUGGCGGUGGCGUGUGGUGGCGGCACACGGUGGUGUUGAGUGAGGGCGGCAACGUGUUCUCCUGGGGUCGAGCCACCAGUGGGCAGCUGGGCCACGGGGAUACCACCGACAGGUGGGGCUGCUGCUGUGUGUGCAGGACAGGUGUCGCCACAUCAGCGGGCCCGGGCGGCAAGAAGGACGUGGCAGCAGCAGCUCAUGCGGAGGUUCCGGAUGCCGCGGCCACGUGGGUGUCUCCUGCCGAGCGCUAUGCCGUCGUGCCAGGGGAGAAGACUGCCACGUGGGUGUCUCCUGCCGAGCGCUACGCUGUCGUGCCGCGGGAGAAGGUGGGUGGGGAGGAGUGGGGAAAGAGGAUGGACUGUAGGGUCUCUCAUGGUGACUGCUCACUCAGGUCUCUCAUGGUGACUGCUCACUCAGGUCUCUCAUGGUCUCUCAUGGUGAGUGCUCACUCAGGUCUCUCAUGGUCUCUCAUGGUGAGUGCUCACUCAGGGUCUCUCAUGGUGAGUGCUCACUCAGGUCUCUCAUGGUCUCUCAUGGUGACUGCUCACUCAGGUCUCUCAUGGUCUCUCAUGGUGACUGCUCACUCAGGUCUCUCAUGGUCUCUCAUGGUGAGUGCUCACUCAGGUCUCUCAUGGUCUCUCAUGGCGGGAGAGGACGAUGCGAGUGUGCCGGAUGCUGAUGCCAAGCGACUCAAGUCGUGA